CCCCCACCCCACCCCACCCCACCCCACCCCAAAAAAAAAGAAGAAAAAAGGAAAUCUUAUUUGAGACUCUGGGUAGCCGGAGUGAAGUUCUACGUGGAUCUGCAGCUCAGAGUCCUCGACGCUGUUGGUGGAGCUUGGCAAUUCCCCCUCACCUGUCAGAAUGUUCAUGCAUUUGGAGGUUUUCUAUUACAUCUUUAUUCUGUUGGCACACAUGAGCUCUUACUGCUGCUGGUCAGUGAAUAAUUUCUUGAUGACUGGACCCAAGGCUUACCUGAUCUACUCCAGCAGUGUGGCAGCAGGGGCCCAGAGUGGGAUAGAGGAGUGUAAAUACCAGUUUGCAUGGGACCGCUGGAACUGCCCAGAGAGAGCUCUGCAGCUGUCAACACACAGCAGCCUGCGCAGCGCAAAUCGGGAGACUGCAUUUGUCCACGCCAUCAGUUCGGCUGGAGUAAUGUACACACUUACCAGAAACUGCAGUCUGGGGGACUUUGACAACUGUGGCUGUGAUGACACCAGAAAUGGACAACGGGGUGGUCAUGGAUGGCUUUGGGGGGGCUGCAGUGAUAACGUUGGUUUUGGUGAGGCCAUCUCCAAACAGUUUGUUGACGCAUUGGAGACUGGGCAGGAUGCACGGGCAGCCAUGAAUCUCCAUAACAAUGAGGCUGGACGCAAGGCUGUGAAGGGAACCAUGCAGCGCACAUGUAAAUGCCACGGGGUCUCGGGUAGCUGCACCACUCAGACCUGCUGGCUGCAGCUCCCAGAAUUUCGGGAGGUGGGAAACUACCUGAAGGAGAAGUAUCACCGGGCUCUGAAAGUGGACCUCCUCCGGGGAGCGGGGAACAGCGCGGCCAGCCGGGGCGCCAUUGCCGAGACCUUCAGCUCCAUCUCCCGCAAGGAGCUGGUCCACCUGGAGGACUCCCCCGAUUACUGCCUGGAGAACCGCACGCUCGGCCUGCCAGGCACGGAGGGCCGCGAGUGCGUGAAGAAGGGCAAGAACUUGAACAAGUGGGAGAAACGCAGCUGCAAGAGACUCUGCGGCGAGUGCGGCCUGGCCGUGGAGGAGCGCAAGGCGGAGAUGGUGUCCAGCUGCAAUUGCAAAUUCCACUGGUGCUGCGCGGUAAAGUGCGAGCAGUGUCGAAAGGCUGUGACCAAGUACUUUUGUGUGAAGAGAAGGGGUCAGAGGGAGAAGAAUGAGAGUGCUAACAGCCGCAGGAAGAGCUUUAGACUGAGGAAAAAGCACUGA